CAACGACUCCCACCAACCAUGACAACUGAGCCCAGCAAGGACUGGCCUCGAGAAGGCUACCGACCAGAAUGGCUGGCACUCGAAGACGCGUCUGGCGGUCGAUAUGUGAUGACAGGUAAUUGGGAUGUUGAUGUUCCCACGUACGAUGCUGUCUUCGCCGGGCUUGCGAAACAAUGGCCCCCGCUAUCUGAAGACUUGAAAGUCUGGGAUGAGCAGACAGACAGCCAACAUGGUGACCUCCCAGUCCGAAUCUACAAGCCCGCCUCAGACAAACCGCUGCCACUCAUGAUUUACUUCCCUGGUGGAGGAUUCAUUGCGGGCAAUCUUGACACCGAGGACGCUCAUUGCCGGAUCUUCGCCGCCAAAGUACCAUGUCUGGUCAUCAGUGUCAACUACCCCAAGGUUCCUAAAGUCAAACUAGACGACAUUAUCAACCUUGCUAGCCAGGCUGUUCCCUGGUGUCGCAACAGAGCCAAAGAGCUGGGAGACGAUCCUUCCGAUACUCUUGUGUGUGGCGGGUCGGCCGGCGCAAUGCUCGCAGCUGAAGUGGCGUACCACUUCAUGGCCAAAGGUGACCAUACCUCCGUCACUGGCUGCGUUCUGCUGUUCGUUGUAACACUUUAUUGGGAGUAUAAUGGGAAAUACAAGCAUAUGUAUACCUCGUGGGAAGACAACGGACAUGCUGGGACUCCCGUGUUUGGUCUCGAGCUUGCCAAAUUCAUGUGGUCCCACUUCGACAUCGAUUUGGACAGCCCACGACACCUCGUAUGUCUCGCCGACGACCUGUCCAAGUUUCCUCCAUGCUAUAUCGUCAAUGCGGAAAAGGACUGCUUUCGAGACGACGCAGUGGUCUUGGACCACAGACUGAAAGAGAGUGGGGUCAAGAGCAAGCUCGAUUAUUACGAUGGCCUUCCCCAUUAUUUCCAUGCCUUCCCUAGCCUCGCUGUUGCCCACGAGAUGAUGGAGAGGGCUGUGGAGGGAGCUAGAUUCGUGUUGGGGUAGCGACCAACAAAGACAUGGCGCAUUCCUCGGGUUUCAUAUUCCAGUUGCAUUCGCUUCAACGGCAGUCAGCGCCAGCCGGCAUUGGAUUCCUCAGCCAAGCAUCGACUACUCGUAAAUCGACCGAUCAAACGACCAACCAACCUCACAAGCCUGCGGGUCGUUUUUCUAGCCUCGCAGCAUCCCUCUCCGACAACACGUGCCGAGGCAAUGCUGUGGCUUUGACCGUCUCCGGACUCCAUCCCGCUUCCCGCUUCCACCCUGCUUUAGCGAGGCUGUGGGACACUCUGGAGACAAAUCAAAGCGAAUGCACCGCCAGACUAGACACGUCUCACGAAGUUUGUGAAAGGUCCUGAGUCAAAAGUCACUGACGGUAUCUGCUAGCCACCCCGACGAGUCGAGACCGGCCAGCCACGGGUUGGAGGAUGCGGGCAGCUCGAACGUUACGGCAGACAAGGUCCCUUCGGAAUCUCAACGUCGUGCCCCGCAACAAGCCCCAAGGUCGAGUUCGACAACUGCCAGCCAGAAAAGUGAUUAAAUCUUGUUCAGCCCCUUCCGACCUCUCUCUUCUUCACCGUCUCGUGGUUGAAGGGGCCUCUGCUACGCGUUUCCCCAGCAUGCUGAGCACCGCUGUCGACAACCAGAACAACAUCGGUUCGGCCCGUUCAACAGCCAACGUUCUCGAACUCAAUGGAAUAAGCAGAGAUUGCUCUCUGUCCCAAUCCGGCCAAAUCUAGACGGGGACGCGGGGUUCCACACCCCCUUGUGCCUGAGGGCCGUU